AGGGAGGAGGCGGCGCCCCGCGCUCCCCCGCCGGCGGCCACCGCCCCCUUCUCCGUCCCUGCGGGAGGCGGCGGAGCUCCCGGGUGCGGCCCGAGCGCAGGGGCCCGCGCGGCGCAACAGUCACAGAGAGAGAGAGAGAGAGGCAGAGACACAGGCAGAGGAAGAAGCAGGCUCCAUGCACCGGGAGCCCGACGUGGGAUUCGAUCCCGGGUCUCCAGGAUUGUGCCCUGGGCCAAAGGCAGGCGCCAAACCGCUGCGCCACCCAGGGAUCCCUAAUGUUCUUUUUCUGAACAUCGUAUUGGAAGCCUGUCUGGACUUUUGCUGAACACUGUUGGCUUAUUUUGGGGAGCUCUGGGAUCCUGCUCGUCCUGAAGAUCGGGUGAUUAUUGACAUCAGCCAUGUCAUCGAGGCCUUUUGAGAGUCCACCUCCAUAUAGACCUGAUGAAUUCAAACCCAAUCAUUAUGCACCGAGUAAUGAUGUGUACGGUGGGGACAUGCACGUCCGACCCAUGCUCUCUCAGCCGGCGUAUUCUUUCUACCCAGAAGAUGAAAUUCUUCACUUCUACAAAUGGACCUCUCCUCCAGGAGUAAUUCGGAUUCUGUCCAUGCUUGUCAUUGUGAUGUGCAUCGCCAUAUUUGCCUGUGUCGCGUCCACGCUUGCCUGGGAUAGAGGCUAUGGAACUGGCUUAAUGGGUGGUAGCAUAGGCUACCCUUAUGGAAGUGGCUUCGGGAGCUACGGGACUGGCUACGGCUACGGGUAUGGCUACGGCUACGGCUACGGCGGCUACACGGAUCCCAGAGCAGCAAAGAGCUUCCUCCUGGCCAUGGUGGCCUUUUGUUUUAUCGCUGCAUUGGUGAUAUUUGUUACCAGCGUUAUAAGGUCUGACAUAUCCAGAACCAGAAGGUACUACUUGACUGUAAUAAUACUGAGUGCCUUCCUGGGCGUCAUGAUGUUCAUUGCUACAAUUGUCUAUAUAAUGGGAGUCAAUCCAACUGCCCAGGCUUCUGGGUCUUUAUACAGUUCACAGAUAUAUGCCAUGUGCAACCAGUUCUAUGCAUCUACAGCUACCGGACUCUACAUGGAUCAGUAUUUGUAUCACUAUUGUGUGGUGGAUCCCCAAGAGGCAAUUGCCAUUGUCCUGGGGUUCAUGGUGAUUGUGGCUUUUGCUUUAAUAAUUUUCUUUGCUGUGAAAACUCGAAGAAAGAUGGACCGGUAUGACAAGUCGAAUAUAUUGUGGGACAAGGAACAUAUUUAUGAUGAACAACCCCCCAAUGUUGAAGAGUGGGUUAAAAACGUUUCUGCAGGCACACAAGACAUGCCUCCUCCCCCUUCUGACUAUGUGGAGAGAGUGGACAGUCCCACGGCGUACUCUUCCAAUGGUAAAGUGAAUGACAAGCGGUUGUAUCCAGAGUCUUCCUAUAAAUCAACACCGGUCCCCGAAGUGGUGCAGGAGCUGCCUGCCACCUCCCCUGUGGAUGACUUCAGGCAGCCUCGCUACAGCAGCAGUGGGCACUUGGAGCCACCUUCGAAGAGGGCCCCCUCGAAAGGAAGAGCGGGAAGGCCCAAGAGGCUGGAGCAGGACCACUAUGAGACAGACUACACGACAGGCGGCGAGUCAUGUGACGAGUUGGAGGAGGACUGGAUCAGGGAAUAUCCACCUAUCACUUCAGAUCAACAAAGACAACUCUACAAGAGAAAUUUUGACACUGGCCUGCAGGAAUACAAGAGCUUACAAGCAGAACUUGAUGAGAUCAAUAAAGAACUUUCUCGCCUGGAUAAAGAAUUGGAUGACUACAGAGAAGAAAGUGAAGAGUACAUGGCUGCUGCUGAUGAGUACAAUAGACUGAAGCAAGUUAAGGGAUCUCCAGAUUACAAAAAUAAGAGGAAUUAUUGCAAGCAGUUGAAGAGCAAAUUGUCCCACAUCAAGAAGAUGGUUGGAGACUAUGAUAGACAGAAAACCUAGAAGGCAGAUGCCACACAGUUUGAGAGAUUGUGAAGUAUUUGACAUAUCUGCGACGUUGUCAGAAGGCAAAAUGACUUUGGAUUUCGAACCCAGGAGGCCAGAUCUUUGUGAUCAUUACAAAGUUUUGGUAGCUUUAAUAUCAUCAGUAUUGAAGCAUUUUACACAUAGCUUUUGAUAAUCAACUGGGCUGAACACUCCCGAUUAAGGAUUCCUGUGCUUUAGACUUUGGCUGUUGUGCUAAAGGACUGAGUAUAGGUGGAGGUUUUUAGACCUUGGAAGAAGGUCCUACGGUGAACUUGUGCUGUGAACUUGCACACUUGGGGCAGUCUUUCCUUAAUACCUAAGUGCACUCAUUAGUUCGUGUAGGUGAUCUCUCCAUUCCUCCCAGAACUCUGCCUUCAGAACUGUUAUUUAUCACCAUUUCCUUUUUUAGGUAAGGGAACCAGGUCCCUGCAGGGAAGUCUCGGAAGUGAAACUGCCUGUUCCUGGCCUGCAAUUUUGGUUAUUAAGUCUGUUUUGUGACUUGAGUCCACGAAUAAAAUCCCAGGCCUUCCAUAUGUUACUUAACUAUGGCUACUGCCUUCUACCAACCUCCCCGCUGAUUGUUUUUUUUUUCUCCUGUGUGUAAAUGGUGUUAAAAGAACUUUUUAUUGUUUUAUGUUAUCCAGAUAAUAAAGAUCAUGUAAAAACAACAAAUUGUGAAAUUUAAAGAUUAUAAAUAUGUGCUCACCUAUUAAGAAUCAAAAUUUAAACCUCCUGGUUAGAAUUCUGUUGUGUAUUUUAAAGUACUUUGUAAUCUUUUAUGGUUUACAUGCAUUUUUGUUUUGUUUUGUUUUGUUUUUAACCAACUAGACUUUUUCAUUAUAUCAGAGUAUUUGAUGACAUCGCUAAUUCAGUUGUGACUUGAAUUGUAUCUUACAACAAUGUUCAAGGUCUGUACAUACUUUAUAAGGUAUUAAACCUGGUGUUUUCUUUCUUUCAUACACCUAUUUGACAUCAGUAGUGCUAUUAAUAUUAAGUUUUGGAAAAUUACAUUCAGUUUUAUCUGUUAUUGUUUUCAACUAUUUUGGGUGCUGUUGCGAAAUCUCCCAGUCUUUUGGUUAUCAGAAAGCUGAUUUGUCUGGAAAUAGAGUGCAAUAACAUAAAAUGUCAAAUUAUUUCAGAUGGUGUCCUUGGUUUACCACCUUUUUUUUUAGUUUAAAUUUUUAUUAGUAAAGUAAAAUGAGCUGAUAGCUAGUCCAGUUGAUUGUGAUUAUCACCCCAGUUUAGAACUGUUUUUGUGAAAAAUUUUGAAGAAUAAUCUUUAAUCUUUAGUAUACAAUUCAGACAUUUAAGUAUAUAAUUCUUUAUAUAUAAGUCUGAAUCAUUUUCCAAAGGUAAACCUUAAAAUGUAUCUAUUAUAACAUUGAUUCAUUUCUUCAAAUUGAAGAAAUUCUUAAUUGUCCAUAUGCUGUACAUAUUACAAAAGGCAAUCAUUUGCAGUUUUCAUACUUUUGGAUUCACACCAAAUGGUAAAGACUCUCGAGCAACCUAACUCCUUUUUUAUGUACGCUAACAUCUAAAUUUCUCUGUUCUUGGAAGUCAGCAUACUUGGAUUAUGAAAGCGGCAAGCUUGCCAGUGUUCUGACAAAACUAUUCAGCUGAAUGAAGAAAAUCAAAUAGCAUGAAUUUCCAUUGUAAAAUUGUGUCAUAAAAUUGAACUUUGAAUAAAAAGCAAAAUCAUUUCUCAACUGUGGUACUUAAAGACCACUUGGGAUUAAUCAGCUGGAUGUAAUUUUGGCAAACCACUCACAGAUUUCUGGUUUGGAAAAUAAAAGGUUAAGGUUAGAUGUCAGAGGUCUCUUCCAUCUCUGACCUGAGAUUGUUUAAAAAAAAAAAAAGGUUUUAUUUAUUUUUUCAUGAGAGACACAGAGGAGAGAGAGAGGCAGAGACACAGCCAGAGGGAGAAGCCUGCUCCAUGCAGGGAGCCUGAUGUGGGACUGGAUCCCGGGACUCCAGGAUCACACCCUGGGCCAAAGGCAGGUGCUAAACCUGUGAGCCACCCAGGGAUCCCUCUGACCUGAGAUUCUUAUGUUCGCAUUCAGCUUCCUACUAUGAAGGAUUGUUCCAGAAAUUCCAUUUUGAAAGCAUGUGGUCCUGCUUAUAAAGGUUAGCUGCAGAGUGUGGUUCUUUUACAUAGAUGAUUCUGCAUUAAAAGUAGGUAAGAUCAGGGGCAGCCCUGGUGGCACAGCAGUUUAGCGCUGCCUGCAGCCCAGGGCAUAAUCCUAGAGACCCUGGAUGGAGUCCCAUGUCAGGCUCUCUGCAUGGAGCCUGCUUCUCCCUCUGCCUGUGUCUCUGCCUCUCUCUCUGCAUCUCUAUGAAUAAAUAAAUAAAAUAUUUAAAAUAAAAAAAAGUAGGUAAGAUCAAUAUUUUAAUUUCUAUUUUAAGAAACUUAAAUAUAGGAAACUAUAAACAUAUGUCCACCCCUCAGAACAGGUGUUAGUUUUAUCAUAUAUGCCUUGUGUUUUUGGAAAUAGAUUUAAGUCUAUUUAUAGCAAAAGUUACAUUGUAUACACACACUUAUAUGAAAUUAUUUAAUCCUUAGCACAUUCUGUUGAGAUGUAAUCAUUUCUCAUGUUCAUUUAACAGGAAAACUGAGGAUGUGCUAGAUGAACUGGUCUGUCACACAGUUAGCAAAUGAUUAAAGUAGGAUUGGGAUCUUGGUCUGUUGGAAUAUUAGAUUCUGUACUCCCACUCUAGGUUGACUAUCAAUAAAUUUAUGGGUUAAUAAGUAAGACGGGAUUGCUCUGUCUGGUAUUAAUAAAAUACCAUAUUUUAAGUACA